AUGCAUCCCUCAACCUUUCUGACAAUCGCCUCCCUCGCCGCCGGCGCUAUGGCCUCGCGCUCCAUGGGCUACUGCAUGAACUCGGACCGGUCCGGCGGGGACAUUGGGUUGACCAAGUUCUGCUGCGAUUCGCAGUUCGAUUUUCGUCUCAAUGAGGCUGGCGUCUGCAACAUCCCCACGGACAGCUGCUACAGCAUCGCCGAGUGCUGCCAGACGGACUUCUACACGUUCAACACGUGCCCGGACACGUUCCCGUGCGAGAACAGCGCGGUCGACAAGUGA